UGCUUACCUAUCCUCGACCUCACCCUUCCACUUGCUCUGUCGCUUUAGUGCCGAUCAACUCAACGAUUUACUGUCGAUCAAAGCAACACCAUAUAUGUCCACCAUGUAACCAAUCUCGUUUAUCCGUCUGCACACACCCACAGAACACCAUGUCUUGUAUUUUCUGUCGUAUCAUCAAAGGUGAAAUUCCCUGCAUCAAAAUCGCCGAGACAGCCAAGUCUCUCGCGUUCAUGGACAUUGCUCCCACUAGCAAAGGUCAUGCUCUCGUUAUCCCUAAGGAACACGGUGAGAGACUUACCGAUCUGAGUGACGAGUCAUGUGCUGAUCUUCUUCCAUUGGCUAAGCGUGUUGCUAAGGCUACUGGUGCUGAGAACUUCAACAUCCUCCAAAACAACGGUCGCUUGGCCCACCAAGAAGUCGGCCACGUCCAUGUCCACGUCAUCCCCAAGCCUAACACCGAAUUCGGUUUGGUCGUCGGCUGGCCCUCCUUCUCCAUCUCCAAGGAGGAGCUCUCUGAGCUUGGUGAGCAAAUUCGCUCCCGUAUGGAGUAAAGAGUAAGAACUCGCGUAAUUCUUUCUAAAAACGCAUACAUUAAUAAGUCCACCACAUCCCGUUCCACCGAGCCUGCUGGUUGGUUUCUUGUCAGUAGAGUGGAAGGUGCCCCGCUU